AAAUGUAACACAUGGGGAUGGAAUUUGGAGACCGAAAUUUGGUUACUGAAAUGUUUCAAUAAUUUUUUUAUUCCUCUUCUUCCUUUAGAAACUUCUCCCCAUUUACCAGCCCCCCAAAACGUGGAGGUUUAUUCCUACAACUUCCAGAGUUUGCUGAGGUGGUCUCCAGUUCCAGUGGAGAAUGGCUCGGUGUUGUACACAGCCCAGUACAGAACGAGGUCCUACCGCAACUGGAGCGACAUGGGCUGUGCCCAGAGCCCCCAGACGUGGUGCAGCUUCCCCCCCGAGCUGCGGCGGCGGCGCUGGACCGUCGAGCUGCGCGUGCGCGCCGAGCUGGGCGCGCGGGCCUCGGCCUGGGCACACAGCGCUGCCUUCGUGGCACAGAGCAACACCACUCUGGGCCCCCCCAGGGUGAACAAUGUCAGUGCCAGCCCUGGCUCUCUGCUCAUCAGUGUCAGCCCCCCCUUCUCCCCUGAGCCUGGGGACCUGCUCCAGUACCUCGUGUCCUACUGGGAGAACAGCACCAGUGGCACAGAAAAAAAGCUAAGUGAAAGCAAGACACUAUUCCAAAUUGGAAAUCUGAAGGAGUCAACACUUUAUUGCUUCAGCGUUCGAGUGAGGUUGAAGAUCUACUCAGGUCACCUGUUGGAAGGGCAGCAAAGUGCCCCAGAGUGUCACAGAACUGCCCUCAGUGAGGCCACCCGAGCUGGGUACAUCAUCCCCCUGUUUGUCCUGGCCCUGGUGGCUGUGAACCUGCUGGUGGCUGCUCUGCUGUGCCUGUGGAAAAAACACCAGAACAUCAAGCACUGGGCUCAGCCCCCUCUGCAGAUCCCCCCACACUUCAGGGAGUUCCUGAGGGACCCUGGCUCAGCUGCCUUGGAGGAGCUGUGCAGUCCUGCUGAGGAGGAGCCCCAGGCUCUUGUGCUUGGAGAAGGAAGUGGCCAGGAGGGAGAGGAUCCUUCAGCCAACACCUCCAGGGACAGGGCAGCCACUGAAGGGCCACCCCAGUGAGUGUCACCUGCCCCAGACUGUCCAGAGGCUGCUCCCAUGGUGUGGCUGCUGGAUCACAGGAACAUCCUGAACAUGGAUCCUGGAUCACAGGACCAUCCCUGGGAUCACAGGAACAUCCUGAACAUGGAUCCUGGAUCACAGGAACAUCCCUGGAAUCACAGGAACAUCCCUGGGAUCACAGGAACAUCCCCUAGGAUCACAGGAACAUCCUGAACAUGGAUCCUGGAUCACAGGAACAUCCCUGGGAUCACAGGAACAUCCUGAACAUGGAUUCUGGGAUCACAGGACCAUCCCAGGAUCACAGGACCAUCCCUGGGAUCACAGACCCUGGUGCUCCAGGGGCCUCUGCCCAGCUCCCCCAGCUCCUCGCUCUGCCAAAGCACUGGGAAGAGGGAAGGUGGAAGGGGAAGGAAAGGAACACUAAACUGCCUGAAGACAGGUGGACCCAAGGGAGAAUUCCCAGCCCAGCUUGGAGGAAUAACUGCACUUUACUGAUGUGGGGGAACCUGGGCUUUUUCAGGGAGCUGCAAUGUGAAUUCCAUUUACACUGGUUUGGUUUCUGUUGGCAAUAACACUCCCAGUUUGCUUUCCUGGAUCAUUUUAAGUGCAGGACAAACCAAAAAGGAACUUGUGGGUGCUGUCCUCGGGGUGAAGCUGUGCCAAGAGCCCCUCCCAGAGAGGUCUGCUCUUAUCUGCUCCUGCCACCCUCCUGGGAGCAUUAACCUGCUGUGCAGCCAGGCCAGGCCCUGCACAGCACAAGGGACCUGGGAGGAAUUCUGCUCCGAGUUUUUCCAACGUUUUCAGUCACUGUCAGACACUAAAACCUCUUGCUGAGCACCAGCAGAAGAGAAGCUGACUGAGAGUUUUGGUUUUAGUGCCUUAAAGCAGAAGAGCCCAAGUUAAACCCCACAUCAGCCCCUGUGGGGUCUGGAGUGUCCAAUAAAGCACAAAGAACAAG